AUGACGACCAUCAAGGGUGAGGCAAGCCUGCCCGGCAUUCAGGACAUCCCCGCACCUCGGGUGGAGUUGAAGAGUCUAUGCCGCAGACUGGCUGCCAUCGGCAUCAUCGUGCCGGUGUCACUGCAGCUGUUUCGCAAGUCCGGGACUUGCACGGACAUCUUCCAAUAUCACCCCAUUUGCAUGAUGCUGGCCUUUGUCAUGGUGAUGCCGGAUGUUGUACGAGACAUGAAGCAACUGCGUCAGGCACACCGGCGGCCGCCGCUCGAAAACCGGCUUUCGCGCCACGAGAUCAUCAUGCGGCACCAGCUGGCCUCCUUCGUGAUGGAGUUGGCGGCGGCUGGUGGAUUUUCUGCGGUGGAGUACACAAAACUAAAGAAAGGAUACCCACAUCUCAAGUCGUUGCACGGUAUCAUGGGUACCCUCUGCGGCCUGACAAUUGUGUGUCAGAUGGUCCUCGGCUCCAUCCUUCGCUAUGUGCUGGCGCCAGCGAACCCGAAGCGUCCGAUAGUGCGGACAGUGCACAAGUGCGUCAGCGUAACCAUCGCCGUGACUGCGAUGAUGGCAAUGGUCGGAGGCUUUCUCACCACCGAGUACGCGGAGAGGAUGAUUCCGCCUUCGCUGAUCCGGACGGCGAUUGUCCUCGCGUCUGUUGCCACCACGGGUGCAGGGUUUCUCAUGUAG